AUGCCGCCGAAGAAAGCCGCAGGAUCGGGACCUUCAAAGAAGGCUGCGGUGAAGCAGAAGGAGAAGGUGUUGGAGGAUAAGACCUUUGGUCUUAAGAACAAAAAGAAGAGUAAGAAUGUGCAAAAGUAUAUUCAGGAGGUGACCAAGCAAGUCGCGGGCGGCACUACUCGUGCUGACCGCAUGAAGGAGCAGGAGGCCAAGCGAAAAAAAAGAUGCAAAGGCAGAGCAGGAGAACCUUAA